GAUUUUUCUGAACUUUGUAAGUGUGAAGGCUAGUAGACUAGAGAGUCAAAACCUCAAAAAACCCUGAAAAUGGCAGUGAUAGGAGCUGAAGAUAACCUGCAAAUACACAGGAUUCCACAAUCGAAAUACGUGGAUUCAGUCCGAUGGCUUUCACCUCUCUCUGCAUUCGACAAAUUCGCUGUUCUCGCACUCCAUGACUCCGAUUCCGAUGCUUCUUCGAUUGAAAUUCAUGCCCUAAAUCGCUCAAACCCAACAAACCUCCAGCUUCAAUCUUCAUGGGUUUCUCCCUCUAGAGUUUCUUCUCUCAGUGUUUCACAGACCCCACAAAAACCCCUUCUCGCGGCUUCUACCUAUGAAGGUUCUCUCCACUUCCUCUUUGUAGACCCUGUUGAUGCUUCUCCUGAAACAGAGCUCUCUCUUGCUGAGAAGUCUUUCCACAGAGGACCCAUUUCGGGAAUCGAUCUGCAAGGGAAUGGGUUUGAGUGUGUUAGUGUUGAUGAAGAUGGGAGAGUGAAUUUGAUCACUGUUGGAGAUUCAAGAUUGAACUACCGUCGGUUGUUUGAUAGCCAGGGUUUAGUGUCUUACACAACUGCGAAGUGGGCUUCACCGACUGAGUUUGCAACUGGGGGUUUAGGGUUUAGUCUUCAGUGGUGGGAUCAGAGGAAACCAGGUGGAGCAACUUCUCAAUUCAAGGGUAACUGGACUCGAGGCAAUACGUCCGGAAUUGUACACUCGAUUGAUAUUCACCCUUCACGGAAGCAUGUUUGCCUGGCAGGAGGCUCUUCAGGUACUGUAUUUGCCUGGGAUCUUCGGUGGCAACAACAGCCAAUAGUUCUCUCAGGACUCAUACCGGGUGAGACAGCUACUCCACUCUCUGAAAGUGAGGUUUGGGAGGUUCAGUAUGAUAGCUACAUGCAAUCUUCAGAAAUUAGCAACCUUUCAUCUGCAAAGAUCCUACCUGUUAUGAUGUGUUCAGAAGAUGGGUUUCUUGCUGUAAUUGAACAAGGUGAGGAACCCCUUCAGGUUUUGGCUGAGCCCUGCGCUAUCAAUAGCUUUGAUAUUAACCAACAGAACCCAUCGGAUGUGAUUUGCUCUUUGGAGUGGGAGUCCAUUGUCAUCUUAACAAGAAUGUGAGACUUCAACAAGAAAGCGAAGAAGUUUACAAAACAAGAUGAAAAUUGGUGUCACACUUUAUGCCUUGUUGUAUUUCCCUGCUCAGAAACUUUUCUACAAGACAGUGACAUUAUUUUUCGAGCAAAGGCUGAUGGCUCUUCCAACCAUUUUGCGCAGAAGCUUGUUCCCUUACGGUCAGCGCAGCUCAUUAAUCCCUUUAGGAAUGAAAACAAUUUUAACGUUGUAGUCAGAAUAUGUUUGUUCAUUGAACUAUAGAACUGAGGAAUGGAAAUGCAAGAUGGUUUUCAAGUACUUUCAUUUUACAUUUCCAGCAGAUAUAAUGAAGUUGCUGUUUCUGGAAUGCA